ACCUGCUGACUCGGCGGAGUUCUCUGGGACAGGAUUGUUCCACUCUCCAACCCUACUAAAGCAGAAAGAGACGCGGACCUUUUAAUCGCACUUUCAAAGUUGGGGCCCGCGCUCAUCCUUUCGGGGAGCGAUGGAGGUGGCGGCUAAUUGCUCUUUGCGCGUGAAGCGGCCCCUCUUGGAUCCACGCUUCGAGGGCUACAAACUCUCCCUGGAGCCUCUGCCUUGUUACCAGCUGGAGUUGGACUCAGCUGUGGCAGAAGUAAAGCUCAGAGAUGAUCAGUAUACACUGGACCACAUGCGUGCCUUUGGCAUGUUUAAUUACCUGCACUGUGAUUUAUGGAAUCAAGAUAAUAUCUACUUUGUUGAUCAACUUGGAAGAAUUAUGAACUUAACAGUUACACUGGACACUGCCUUAGGAAAACCAAGAGAGGUUUUCAGACUCCCUACAGAUUUAGGAGCUUAUGACAACCGCCUUUGUGCAUCUCUUCACUUUACAUCUUCUACCUGGGCUACACUGUCAGAUGGAACAGGUAGAUUAUAUCUUAUUGCAACAGGGGAACGUGGAAAUGGUACUUCUGAAAAAUGGGAGAUAGUGUUUAAUGAAGAUCUUGGAGAUCCUUUUGUUAUACUUCACAGUAUUUCUAUUAUAAAAUCUGAGGACCAUUCAAUAGCUACUAUACUUCUUCGAGUUGAGAAAGAAGAAUUAGAUCGUAAAGGAAGUGGCUUCUAUGUUUCUUUGGAGUGGGUUACUAUCAGUAAGAUAAAUAAAGAGAUUCAAAAGUAUGAAAUUACUGAGCGUAAAGUACUCCAUGGUAAAUCAGUUCCACAUUAUGCUGCUAUUGAGCCUGGUGGUGAUGGUCUAAUGAUUGCUUCUUGCAAAUCCUUCAGAUUUGUUCAUGAUGAGAAGCAAAGUGAAGAAAAUAAAGAUGAGAAACUAACAGAUCACAAUAAAGUGGAACCUUUGUAUUACUGGCAGCAGACUGAAGAAGAUUUGACAAUAACAAUACAUCUUUCAGAAGACGUUUCUAAAGAGGACGUUGAAGUACGGUUUUCCCCUGAUCAUAUCAGUAUUGCCCUAAAAAAGCAGCCAUAUUUGGAAGGAAAACUCUUUUCAUCUAUUGAUCAUGAAAGUAGUACAUGGAUAAUUAAAGAGAAUAAAAGUUUGGAGGUGUCUUUGCUUAAGAAGGAUGAAGGACUAACAUGGCCAGAGCUGGUAUUAGGUGAUGAGCGAGGAGAAUUCAUAAGAGAUUCAGCCCAGUGUGCUGCCAUAGCUGAACGUUUGAUGCAUCUGACAUCUGAAGAACUGAAUCCAGAUCCAGAUAAGGAAAAACCACCAUGUAACGCUCAAGAAUUAGAAGAGUGUGAUAUUUUCUUUGAAGAGAGCUCCAGUUUAUGCAGAUUUGAUGGCAAUACUUUGAAGACCACUCAUGUGGUGAAUCUUGGAAGCAACCAGUACCUUUUUUCAGUCUUAGUGGAUCCCAAAGAAAUGCCCUGUUUCUGUUUGCGUCAUGAUGUAGAUGCCCUACUUUGGCAACCACACUCCAGCCAGCAAGAUGAGAUGUGGGAACACAUUGCAACUUUCAAUGCUUUAGGCUAUGUCCAAGCUUCAAAGAGAGACAAGAAGUUUUUCGCUUGUGCUCCCAAUUACUCCUACGCUGCCCUUUGUGAGUGCCUGCGUCGAGUGUUCAUCUAUCGUCAGCCCACAGCCAUGUCCACUGUGCUGUAUAACAGAAAGGAGGGAAGGCAAGUUGGGCAGGUUGCUAAGCAGCAGGUAGCCAGCCUGGAAACUAACGAUCCUGUUUUGGGUUUUCAAGCUACAAAUGAAAGAUUAUUUGUCCUUACUACAAAAAACCUCUUUUUAAUAAAAGUAAAUACAGAUAAUUAAUGAUACCAACAUGCUGCUUGCUUCCCUGUACUUGAGAAAAGUUGAGAAGUAUAUAGAAGACUGCAAAGUUAGACUGAAUACUGUUUAUUUUAAUGUAAAAAAAAUUUGUACUGUAUCAAGUUUUAUUUUUUAAAAGGAUGUCUUCACUGUACUCAGUAGGUUUUUAACUAUCUCAAAAUUGUAUCUUGCUUCUGCUGCAGUGUUAGUUAUAGCUUUAAGGGAAAUGACCUUUAUGGAAUAUGCAAGAAUAUGAACAAUAUAUACAUUUAUAUUUUUGUUAUUUUGAUUUAUUAAAAAAAAAAACAGGCCGGAAUCAGAUCUUUUGUAUGCAAUUGUACCAUGCAGCAUUUAUCCAAUAAAAAUAUUUACUACAUUCCCUUUGUGUAUUGGUACAAUUUGCUACAUUCUGCAGUAUAGGCAUUAACAGUUUAUUAAAAAGAUUUAAAUACUUUCUGCAAAGAUGAGGGAAAGAAAACAAGGGGUCUGGGCAAUCCUUAACUCAUUGACAGAAGAACUUAAGACUUGUUUUUGGUUUCUCCUUAACAAUUUUUGCCUCAGAUUACUUUAUUAUCCCCUUUUAAUUUUAGAAAGCCAUCAUUCUUUUGAUAAGUGUUUCACUGUGUAUAAAGACCUACUAUAACAUUACAUAUUUAUACAGGCAAAAUAAUAUCAUUAUAUAUAUUAAGUUUGUUAACCUAGGUUAAACAUAUAAGCCUGUUAAAAUUCAAAUAAAAAAGUGGCAGCUAGGUGGCGCAGUGGAUAGAACACCGGCCCUGGAGUCAGGAGGACCUGAGUUCAAAUCUAGCAUCAGACACUUGACACUCACAUUAAUUUAAAAGGUCAAAAUAAUUAUUCUAACGUUUCCCUUAAAUUACAUAGGUAUAUACAAAAUAUGAGAAACCUGUCUAUUAGUUAAAUAAUAAAUUAAUUACAUAUAUUUACACAUGGAUUAAGUACAUAUGUAUUUAUAAUUUUUUCAGAUCUUAAUUGAGUUUUACAUGAAAAUGGGAAUCUUUUUUUAAUAAGUUGACUUCAGUUGAGAACUUCUAGUGAUGCCAAUUAUGUUUUAGGGAAAAAACAUUAUCAAAUGUGAAUUAUUUGUUGUCCUUGUACAUGUGGAACCACAGAAUCUUUGAAUUGGCAGGGACAUCAGAGCUAUUCUAGAAUACCACACACCUAAACAGGAAUCCUUCCUACAACAUGCCUAAGAAGUCCAUGCUUCCAGCCUGAAUCUCCCCCUCCACAAAUUCCAUCCAUCCUUCCUUCUGCCCCCAGGGUGGUCAGAAGAGUCCAAUAUUUCUCCCCCAGAUGGUUUUAUAAAUGCUUGAAGACAGUGAUAUCUCUCUGAAUACUAACCAGUCUUAUUUCACUGAUCAUAUUUAAGUAUUGCAGUGAUUUGGUUCUCCUUUCGCUUUAUUGUGUUCUCAAACCUACUGUCACUGACUUUUUUUUUUGUUUGUUUUUUGUCUUUUGGGGUUUUUUUAGUGAGGCAAUUGGGGUUAAGUGACUUGCCCAGGGUCACACAACUAGUAAGUGUUAAGUGUCUGAAGCUGGAUUUGAACUCAGGUGCUCCUGACUCCAGGGCCAGUGCUCUAUCCACUGUGCCACCUAGCUGCCCCUGUCACUGACUCUUAAUACCCAGCAAAGAACUAUAGCUAGAACUUCACUAUAUAAAAUGCACUAGCAAAUACAAAUAGUGCUGUUAACUGAUCCAGUAUUUGGAGUUUAUUAAGCAGUGAUGACAAAAGAAAUUAUCUUUCUUCCAUUUCACAUAUCUCCCCUAUCCAUUUGUCUUUCUGUAUUUCCAUUUGUAGUGACCCUUUAAUAUGAUUCUUUUCUUAAUAAUUUUAUAGUUCAAUAAUGGCUUUAUGUUAAAGACCUAUAGAGAAGUAAUAAAUAUGUAAGACCAAAAUCUAUUUCCAGUGGAUGCUUGGUCAAAGGUUAUGAACAAGGGGCGGCUAGGUGGUGAAGUGGAUAGAGCACUGGCCCUGGAGUUAGGAGUAUCUGAGUUCAAAUCCGGCCUCAGACACUUAACACUUACUAGCUAUGUGACCCUGGGCAAGUCACUUAACCCCAAUUGCCUCACUAAAAAUAAAAACAAAAACAAACAAACAAAAAAUGUUAUGAACAAACAUCUCAAAAGAACUGAAAACUUAACCACCAUUAGUUGCAGUGAUUGUAACUAAUUAUUAAUAAGAAAAAUUCCCAUUGAACAACUCUAAAUUUACUUCAUGGCCAGGAAAUUGGCAGAGUUACUUAAGGAUGGGAGUAGUCAAUGUUGGAGGUAUUGUAAUGACAGGCACACUCUGGAGCUGUGUAUUGGUCCAAGCAUUCUGGAAAGCAGUUUAGAAUUGUACUGAAAAAGAAGUGACUAAAAUGUUUACACUCUUUGACAGAAAGAUCCUACAACUGGCUGUGUCCACAACUCUGUGUGUGUUUAUGUGUGUAUAUGUUUUACAUAUAUCCAAAGGAGGUCAGAUACGGAAAAGAAGGUCUCAAGUACACCAAAGUAUUUAUAGGAGCACAGUUUGCUUAAGCAGAAAUAAGGAAACAAAUAGGGAAAGCCUGCACAUCUUGUGGUAUAUUCAUAUAGUGGAAUAUUAGUGCACCAUAAAAAGUGCAUAUGACAAAUUCAAAGAAGCAUGGAAAAACUUAGAAGAACUGAUGAAAAAUGAAGUGAACAGAAUCAGGAAAAGUGUUUACACAGUAGCUACUAAAGUAUAAAUGGAAAGAACAUCAAUUAAAAAGAAACCAAAUGCUAUGUCAUUAUAAUUGACCAAGCUUGACCCUAAAGAAGAAAUGUGAAAAUGUGCUUUCUUCCCUACUUUUCUUCUUCUUUGCAGAAGUAUUAUACUAUGAGCAUGGAAUAAAUGCAUCUACUCUCAGACUUGGUUGAUGUGUUAAUUGAUUUGUUGAACUGCUUUGUUUUUCCCUUUUUAAUUCUUUGUUAUAAGACAUGGCACUGUGGAGGUGAGGAUAAGAGGGAUAUCAAAAAGAAAGGUGAUGCAAAUCCAAAAGAUUAGUAAAUAUUAAGCUUUAUUUUUAAAAUAUCAUAUUAAAAGAUCCGAUCCUUAAUUUUGUGAUUGUAUGAUAGCAUGAAAAAUCUGUCAGCUUCUUAAAUGAGAGAAUGAUAGCUAUAACAAUUAAAUAUUAUCUAAUAAAUUCUUCAUUUCAACUUCAAA